UUGCACACACAAGCACGUGAGAGUUACUUGAGACAACCAUUACUCCAUAUCUAACAGCGCUGAUUCUCUGUAACAAAAUCCCUUUCUUCAUCGUCACCCAAAUCUUCCACUACCAAUUCUCCAAUUCCAUGUAAUAUUUUUCCCCAUUUUUUUCUGGGUUUUGCAAUAGAAAUUACAUGUCUGUUUGCUGUGGAGUUGAGUGUUUUUUUGCUUUAGGCUGUCUCCGAUGGGCAUGGAAGCGGUGUACUUACGUCGGCGGCGACGACAGUGCCACUUGGCCACCAGCCACUGUCGAGGAAUUCGAAUCCGUCCCACACCUAUGCCGCGUCAUCCUCGCCGUAUACGAAGAAGAUCUCCACCACCCAAAAUGCCCUCCACUUGGUGGAUACCGUUUAAACCCCGAUUACGUUGUCAAGCGUGUUACUUACCAGGAAACACUCGGCCACGCGCCUCCGCACUUGAUUUAUCUCGACCACGAUCGUCGUGAAAUCGUAUUAGCAAUUAGAGGGUUGAAUUUGAAGAAAGAGAGCGAUUACAAACUGUUACUCAAUAAUCGAUUAGGGAUGCAGAUGUUCGAUGGUGGAUAUGUGCAUCAUGGGCUGUUACAAUCGGCGAUUUGGUUGUUGAAUCAAGAGUCUGAGAAUCUGAAACGAUUGUGGAUUGAGAAUGGGUCAUGUUACAAGAUGAUAUUUGUGGGUCAUUCACUUGGGUCAGGGGUAGCGGCAUUGAUGACAGUGAUAGUGGUGAAUCAUAGGGAUAUGCUCGGCGGGAUACCAAGGGAGUUGGUGCGGUGUUAUGCUCUUGCUCCGGCGAGAUCUAUGUCGCUUAAUUUGGCCGUGAAAUACGCCGAUGUUAUCUACUCAGUUGUUUUACAGGAUGAUUUUUUACCAAGAACAGCGACACCAUUGGAAGAUAUCUUCAAGUCGAUCUUCUGUUUGCCAUGUUUAAUCUUUAUGGUUUGCUUGAGGGACACAUUCAUACCAGAAGGUAGGAAGUUAAGAGAUCCAAGAAGAUUAUACGCUCCAGGAAGAAUGUAUCACAUUGUUGAAAGAAAGUUUUGCAGAUGUGGUAGAUACCCUCCAGAGGUUAGAACUGCAAUUCCUGUUGAUGGUAGAUUUGAACAUAUUGUUUUGUCAUCACAUGCUACAUCUGAUCAUGCCAUCAUCUGGAUUCUAAGAGAAGCAGAGAAGGCUGUGCAAUUAAUGAAGGAAAACAAAAGCAGUUCAGAAAGCAUUACAACAGCACCAAAGGUACAAAAAUUCAGUAGGCUGCAAUCAAUUGAAGAAGAGCAUAAAGAUGCAUUAGAAAGAGCAGUGAGCCUCAACAUAUACCACAUGCUGUCAAGACCACUGAUGACAUGGCGGAAAAUGAGCCUCGAGUGUCCACGUCAGCAGUUAAUGAAGAACAUCAAGAAGGAGAAGCUGCUGAUGAGUUGGCAUCGAAGCAGAAAGAUGAUGUGGAGCGAAGUCCUAAUUGGCAUGAUUUGGUUGAGAGACUGUUUGAAAGGACAAAAUCAGGCAAGCUUGUAAAAAAAGAAGACGUAAAUGCCCCUGAUUCACAUUGAUAUCGUUGGCUAAAUUGAAUUUCUUCUUGAGUGUGUUGUGUGUUUUUUUGUAUAUUUUUUUAAACAAUUUUAUUGAAUGGUUUUUUUGGUGGUAGGGUUUGUUUUAGCCUAGGAGGUAAAAUAUACAACAC